AUGGAUGUAUUCAAUCAUUUGGGAAGUGGCUGCAUUAAAAGCCUGAUCAUUUUCUGGCACCUUUCACUUGUUCCAGGAUCCUCCAGCCAGUCACAGCUUAAAACUGCACCUCCACUAAGGAGGAGUUUUCCAUUUCUCGCGACGUGGAAUGCGCCGUCAGAGCUAUGCACGAGUAAAUUCGGAGUCACAUUCAACCUAACGUCAUUCCCAAUGGUAUCCACCACACGGAGAAGUCCGUUUCAACAGGACAUCAGGAUAUUCUUCAAUCAUAUGAUUGGACACUAUCCUCACUAUGAUGAGCAGACUGGUCAGGAAUUCAAUGGUGGGAUUCCACAGCAAGUUAACAUGGUUAAACACUUGCAGAAAGCUGAGCAGGAUAUUCAGAAGUUAAUCCCAUCCAACACAUCCAAGGGUCUAGCAGUUAUCGACUGGGAAAACUGGAGACCCCUUUGGAGUAGGAACUGGCACCGCAUGUCCAUCUACCAACGCCAUUCCAUUGAGUUGGUACAACAGAGGGAUCUAUCCCUAACAUGGGAAAAUGCAACUGCAAUCGCCAAGGCUGAAUUUGAGGAGGCUGCAAAAACUUUCCUGAUAAAGUCUCUGCAGCUUGGCAAGAAAUUAAGACCUAACCAGCUAUGGGGGUAUUACCUGUUCCCCAAUUGUUAUAACAACCUGCACAAGGACAAGCAUAAGACGUACACAGGGAAGUGCCCCCAACGGGCAAUAGCACGGAACAAUGAACUCGGCUGGCUUUGGCGAGAAAGCACAGCACUUUACCCUAGUAUCUAUCUACCUAAAGCAUUCCAGUCUUCCGACAAGGCAAAGCUGUUCGUACGGAAUCGAGUGCAGGAAGCUAUGAGGGUCGCUGCUCUUUUCAAAAAGGAACAUGCUCUCCCAGUUUAUGUUUACACCAGAGCAGUAUAUCGUAAUGCUAUUAAUGAAUCCCUUUCUAAGGCCGACCUUGUCAGUACAAUUGGCGAAAGUGCCGCACUUGGAGCAGCUGGGAUCGUGGUUUGGGAAAGCUCAAAUACAACCCUCAAUAACGUAAGAUUUGCUCACACCUGCAACAUGCUGCAGAGGCACGUUGAUGACGUCCUGAAUCAUUACAUCUUGAAUGUGACCCAGGCUGCAAAAUUGUGCAGCAAGAAGCUGUGCCAAAACAAGGGCAGGUGUCUGAGAAAGCACUGGGACUCUGAUGACUACCUUCACCUGAACCCCAACAACUUCAAGAUCCGCAGGAAAGUCAACGGACAUCUAGUGGCAAGAGGACAGGCAUCCAUGGAGGAUCUGCUCCACCUCUCGGAGAAGUUCACCUGUCAGUGUUACGCUGGGAAAGCCUGUAACUUUGUGUAACACUGACAGAAGAAUCUCGAUAAACCUCGGGUACAUUC